UGGGGACUAUAGCCUAAGCACUCUAGCGCAUGAAAGGAGGCCCGUCCCCAGCAGUGGGACGUAUUUAGGCUGAAUUAUUAUUAUUUUAUUAUUAUCUCAGCCCCUACAGUACGUUGGUUUAACUGAACAUGGAUUAAAGCCUUAAUCCAUGUUAUAUAUAUCAAUAGGUACCUUUAACAUCUAAGAUGUAUGGGUUGAUUUUAGCAGUUUAAAAAAAUAUUUUAUUAUUAGCGACUCACGCUUUGUAAAUUAUAACAAAUGAAAUUUAUCAAUCGACUAAUACUUAAAGCCUCAGCGCUUUUUCGGCAGAAUUUUUCAUCAAUUAUUAUUAUAAAUAGAAAAAAAAUUGACGAUUUAACUUUAAGUGUAUAUUCUACAUCUACAAAAUAAUGUUAACAAUGCCGUCGAAUAUCAAAUUCCACACCACGGGCUUUUUUUUUAAUUCGUACACGCAUGCGCGAAUACUCCUAACGGCCUGCCAAGCCACCGACCGAACAGUUGCUAUCUGAACUCGCCCGGGCCCUGCGUCCCGACCGUUAAAAACGCGAUCCAAACUUUCGAACAUCGAACAUAAGCACUUUUUGUUACUGGCCAGUGUUUUUGUGUAAAAUGCGCUUGGACGUUGUGAUGAAGUGGGAAAUACGGUUGAUAGUGUUGGGAAUUUCAGUGUUGUUUCGCUGCACGGACUCCAUCGAUUUGCCAACAUUCGUGGGUCCAGGGUCAAACGUCACAGUAGCAGUGGGCAGGGAUGCAUCACUCACGUGUAGAGUGGAUAACCUACAAACUUUUAAGGUGGCAUGGCUUCGCGUAGACACGCAAACCAUUCUCACCAUCGCCGGCCACGUGAUCACCAAGAACCACCGCAUCAGCGUCGGCCACGGCGACGGGACCUGGACCCUCGGGCUCAAGGACGUGGGCCCGAGCGAUGGCGGCAGAUACAUGUGCCAAGUCAACACCGAGCCCAUGAUGAGUCAGACGCAUCGGCUGCAGGUUGUCGUUCCACCAGAUAUCGACGACGAAGCGAGCAGCGGCGAGAUCCUAAUGAAGGAAGGCGAAGACGCCACGUUGAGGUGCGUGGCAUCGGGGACCCCGCCCCCGACUAUCGUCUGGAGGAGAGAAGACUCUAGGCAUUUUAGGAUUAACAAUUCAACAUUAGUGUCCAAAUGGAACGGGGAGUGGCUAAACUUGACCGGCGCCGAGCGCGCGGCGUCCGGCGCAUACCUCUGCAUCGCCAGCAAUGGGGUCCCGCCGUCCGUGAGCAAGAGAAUUAUUAUCAAGAUGAUGUUCGCCCCUUCGAUAUGGGCAGGACGAGUCGCCAUCCGCGCUCCUGCCGGCAGUGCCGUAACCCUUACCUGCACCGCAGAAGCGUUCCCUGUGCCACUAAUCUAUUGGACGCUCAACGACCAGAAACUCACUAACAGUUCCAAACAUAGAAUGAGCGUGUCAUCUCGCGGCUUCCGCCACUCCCUAUCCCUACUCGUCGCCGGCGUGUCGCGCGCGGACGCGGGCGCGUACCGCUGCGGCGCCGAGAACGCCUAUGGGCGGGCGCAUGCUGAACUACUACUGCACACGUUAACAACAACAACAACGACGACAACGACAACAACAACAACAACGACAACAACGACCACCACGCCGCCACCCACCACCACCACUAUAUUUUAUGACGUAGACCAACACUUGGAGCAGCUGCAUCGAGGGGUCCUGGAGGACCCUGCGCUGGGGGACCCCUACAUCGUGCUCAGCCAACACCAGAUGCAGAACCUUGAUAUGGCAACAACGAUGUGACCAGAGGCCGGGCGCGGCGCCCCCUGGAGCGAAGGCUGGCCGCCGCUCGCCGGCCGCGCCGCGCGCCGCGCCCCGCCCGCCCUGCUCUGGGCGCCGCUCCUCGCCCUGCUCUCGGCCGCGUGAUGGUGCGCACGCACAUAGACUGCACUUGUGUUUGUAAAUGGUUUAAUAAUUGUUUUGGAUGGUUAAAUAGGUUGGUUGAGAAUAUAAAUAGGAGUUUAAGAGAUACGGAGAUAAUUUAACUAUAAUCGAGAGCGAUGUAAAUGGGUCAAAUUUUGAGUGAAUAUCGAUUCCAUUAGGAAUAUUACGAGUAAGUUAUAUUUAUAUUCAUCUAUUUAUAUGUGGAGGAAACAUACUAACAUGCAGCAGUUAGUGAAUAUACUAUGUAAAUAAAGGCAAGUAUUUAUAAAGUUUUGAUUGGAAUCGAUAUUAUUCUGCGGACGUAUGAUGUACACUAUUAUUGACGUGAUAAGGAUAUAAGUAGAAAAACGGUAUUUUAUAACACCACUCGAUACAGAGAGAUACAACAUUGUUUAUAGUAGGGUAAACCGUAUAUUACUGGCCACCCUCCAAUUACUGGGCAUCUUAUACUAAAAGGGAUUCUGUUUAAUAAUCACACAAUCUAAGUUAAUCAUCAGAACGAUAAUUAUUUACUUUACUUGAAUUGUGUAAAUAAAUAAAUAGAAUUCUUAUUUUAGCCAUAUUAGUAUAAGGUGGCCAGUAAUUGUAGGGUGGCCAGUAAUAGACGGUUUACCCUAUCAUAUCAUUAUCACAUCAAUAAACGCUUGCACCGUACGCCUGCUGAUUAAACUGAAUCAUGUAAAAAAUUAAAAUGAAGAGUAUUUUUUAGUUUAUUCGCUUUACGAAUUUUGUAUAUUUUCAGUGUUAAGCUAAUGGUACAUUAAGAUGUUCGCUGUACAUAAUUUUGCACAGAUCUAGUCAUAUCAGAUAGAACACGGGGCAGUUGUCGUUUGUAUUAUAAGUAUACGUACCCCUCGUCCUGAUUAGGCUUAAUUCAAAUUAAAUUGACAUUAUAUAAGACAUUAUGGUUUAUUUCUAAUCUAGUUGUAAAAACAGGGUUAAGUUCACUUCCACCAACAAAGAACCAAAUUGCUCAAAGCAAGUAAAA